GCAGCUGGUACAUCUGCUGUACAAGGUAGUGCCGAAGUGAAUGACAGUUCACGCUCGCUGAUGUCAGUCCCGGCGCCUCUCUAUCCUAAGGCACAACCUACAAACAAUCGUCACAGAGAGCCCUUAAGCGCUGCUGAUCUGGACGGAGUUGUGCCGUAUAGAAAACAGCGAAGAGGGAAGCGGGGUAGGAAGAAGAAGGUAUCCGUGUGUGAAGUAGAUACAGAGAAUGGGAAAAGCACGAUGGGCGCUGUUGAGAGCCAAACGGUUGCUGUGCAAGUUGAUAGGAUGGAUGAGGAUACUACAAAUCAACACUUAGGCCAACAGAGCACGAGCGUAACGGGCACGAGCGUAACGGGUAGCGGUGCGACUGAGACACAUACGAGUACUAAUCCGGUCAGUUCACAUGGAAACACGAAUACAAGUAUCACAAAUACAAACUUAAAUACGAAUGCAAACACGAGGUAUGACACACGUAAAGGUUCUCGCCGGGACAUCAAGCCGAAUACUCGCAUCAAUACAGGUCCGAAUCAGGGCCCAGGCGCCAAACGGGGCAGUGGCGUUGGUAGGAAUGAGGGGAAUCAAUACAAGAAGAAACGAAAGUCGCAGCCUGGUUUGAACGAAGAACCGAUUGUGUGUCCAAUGGCUCCGAGGAAUACAUCGCAAUUCUUGAUGGAUGUACAUAUGGAGACGAUAUCAGACCCUUCCACAGCGACUGCGACCUCCGACGCCGACGACUUCCUACAGCCACGCCAGCGGACAAGCAGCGAGUCUAUAACCGGAGGUAUGCCGUAUGGAUUUGAGGACGCGUUGUACGGAGACCUCACGUAUAAGGACAAGGACUAUAUAGUGAACAGAUUGAAGAAUGCAGAAGCCGAGGCAGAGGAUCUCAGACAAUCCUUACACCGCCUGAGAUCGGUCGAAAGCAAACACAAGGAUACCAUUGUGCGUUUGGAGGAAGAGCUGAGUAUACUCAAAGCCCAAGCGAAAGAUUCGGAGACGGAGAAAAGUGAAACACUACCCAUGGCGGAUUGAGUGAGUUGUGGUGUACAAUUUAAUUCACAACUGUUAUUUGCUCUGAUGGCCUUGUACAUAACAAGAGCGCUUUGAUUCCAAUGUGUAUUACGUUCGUGCUUGGCAAGGAUAGUACAUAUGUUGAACAAUCGCCCUCCCCAUAGGGCAUUCCGAGGCUCCCACAUUCAAGCCAACACUCAGGCAAACGAUAGCCUUCUGAAGUCAAAUCCCAAGUUCGGACUCAGUACUGAGCCUUCUAAUUUAAGGUAAUGCACACCGCGUACGUGGUUGUAUUGUGGCUGCUGAUGGUUGUCUGGCAAUGGCUUAUAUCGUCGCGCAAGUUGUGGCUAUUUUUAGCACAGGCCAGUGACUAUAAAGAGCACAUGCUGGCUAGAAAUAGCUGUCUGUUGCGUGAGUGCAUAUGCGCGCCGUUGGAAUUGUCGCACUUCCCGUAACUCUUGACAACGCAUCCAGUACCACAGGUGUGGGAUUAAGGCUUACUGCGAUGUGUAAGUGAGCUGCGAGUGUAACCGGUUCGGAUAGUAUCAGCGCUCUUUGCCCGUGCUGCGAGAAUUGAGCUCUUGCGAGCAAGCCUGGACGAGAAAAGCCCUCCGUUUCGUACACUCUAAGAGAGUCCUGGUCUAAGCCCAGGGCUUUCGACCUGAUUUCAUGAGAUAACCCUGCGAUACCUCGCCCCAAUCCAAUCUGCCACGAGUGAUUGACACCGGCAUGGGAUGCAUUCUGUCUAGCCUUUUAAUUCAGCGUAAGACCUUUACUGCUGACGAUUAGUUAGGACUAUCCUACCAAGCAGAUGCUGCACUACAUGUAUGACGUACCUUACAAAACUAACCCUACCACUGUACCACUUCAAGUAGACAACACCUCCGCGGUUUGCCAUCUGAACAAAUAAAAGUAGUCGAUCCGCUCCAAUAAACUCGGUCUGAACUCCACAUCUCUGCACUACAACUUCAUCCGUUUCCAGUACGUGCUUGUCUCGGAAGGAAAAGCGAAAGUUCCCACUCCAGACACUACCCAUUAAGAAU